AUGGUACUCGAUGGCACACCAAGUGCGCAAUACGAGAGCCAAAGGUGCAGCACCCUAAGCACCCAACCAGAGGUCCCGGGAACCAAAGGACCGAGGGAACCACAGGGGCCUGCCAUCGAGCAAGAGCGUGAGAUAACUAGCACCCCGUUUGCAUUAGACGCCAAAGAUAUUGUCCCAACAAUACUAUCCGAGUUCAUUGGUACAAAUCGACAAAGGCUCCUCAAACAGCUCGCUAACCAGGAUAGAGGACUCAGUCAACUAUCUUGUAAGCGACAUUUCCGCCUCUUGUUCUCCGAUCUCUCGCGCAUACGUGCACUUAUCCGACUGGAUACUACACCCCGCCGGGCGUCUAUCCGGCACAGCCUAAUGAACGAUGAGAGUGGGAUCUGUAAGGCCAACCUAGCGUUGAUCUUCCUGUUGGUGGUGUUGUGUCUCCGCUGGAGUGACGUGGUACUGAAAUGCGGUAUUACCAAGCACUCGCUGAAAGCAAAACUUGGAAAGGCCAUCAUCACUGCCAACCUGGAUGGGAUGCUGUGGGAUAAAAGCGAGCGGUCCUGUCCAUAUUCGCUCAUCCAGGUCAAGCCGUUUCUGUUGCGCAUCAAUGCCAUGAGAUCUGAGAAUAAAAUUCUCAAGAAUCCUACAGCCUGUGGGAAAAGAACUUUUGGAACAGGCAGGGCUAGGAAGUGUGACAUAAUUCUCGCUCGGACUUGUCCCGCCGAGCUCGAAGCGAUAGGGAUUGUUGAAUUCGAUGACGCAUCAGAUGAAUAUGAAGACCCUGGAGGCUAA